UCAAUAUUUGAAAAGCUAUUUGUUAAUAAUUGUUAAUUUUAUUUUAAAAUAUUACUUAAGCACCUAGCUAACCGUGUUCUUCUAUUUACUUUUAGGUUAUUGUUAUAUUAAUGUUACUACCUACUAGGUAGUUAUAGAAUCAAUUAAAGUAAUUUCUAUAUUGUAUUUUUUAUUCAUUGAAAUUAGACAGACCUUAUGGACUUAAUACAAAAUUAUGGAGAGAGUGACGACGAAGACAAAAAUUCUGAGUCCAAGUUACCCGUACCCAAAACUGUUGUUUCAAUGUUUGAUGACAGAGAAUUCCAUCCAAAGCCAAUUAAUGAUCAGAAUCUUCAUCAAGGAAGGGCUCGUAUGUUUGAACAUGAACGUGGCAAUUGGGCUACUUUUGUUUAUAUACCUUGUGAGUCCAGAUUUGGAUUUAGUGGAGAUAAUUCAAGAAAAAUUGAAUGAAUUUGGCCUAGAAAUAAUUAAUAAUCCACAUGUCAGUCUUACACGAACAAUUGUUUUGCAAUUCCAUUGGAUUAAUCGUUUUAUUAGCGAUUUGAUAUCAAAACUUAAGUCAAUUGAAAAAUUUACCAUUACCUUUGGCGAAUUAGAAGUAUUUUGUAAUGACAAUUGUACCCGCACUUUUGUUGGUUUUCUUGCUCAACCUCCAGAAUUGUUAUUACAAUGUGUAGAACAACUUGAUGGUGUAUUAUCAAAUUAUAAUUUACCUAAAUAUUAUGAAGAUCCUAAGUUUCACUUAAGUGUUGCAUGGUGUUUAGGAGAUCAGUCUAACCAUUUACGAACCAGAUUAAAAAAUAUAGCAUUUGAAUUUGAUGUAUGCCGUAUGCUUAGAGUAGACAAAUUAAUGUGUAAAACAGGCAAUAAAAUAUUUCAUUUUGACCUUGUUUAAUUUGUUUGUAAUAUAUAUAUAAAUAUAUAUAAUUAAGUUUUCCAAUUUUUCCUAUCUAACCUAUCCUAUCUCUCAAGUUGGACCAAAUUACACACAGUGUAAACAAUUUCAUCAAGAUCAGUUAAGUAGUUUCGUAGUUCAUCGCUACCAAACAUUGUGACUUGAGAUUUUUAUAUAUAUAACGAUUACAAUUAAAAAUGAAAAACUUAUGUGUAAUUACAUCAACUUGCAUAAAAACUGUAAAUCAUUAUUAUAUUCAAUAUAUAAUGGUAUUUAAAAAAAUUAAAUUUGAACUUCGUAUUGUUUUUUAUUUUAAGAGAG